UUGAGCAGCCCUGGAAACAGUGGGGAGGUAUUGGUGGGAUCAGGGUGGUGACGUUGCCUCUGAGAGAGGGAGCACAUGCAGAGAUUGAUCCAAGCUUCAUUUGUGAGAAGAAGAGAUCACAGGAGGAGGACAUGAAUCCUUCACAUCAACAUGUAACUUUUUUAUCAAUAGACAAAAAGAUGGAGCUACAGGUGGAGAACCAGAGUCAGACCUUUAACACCACCAGUGUGAGGCUGCCGGGCAAACACGUAGUCCUGGGGAUGGGUGUGGAUAACUUUGUCUCUCUUCUUAUAUUUGGUCUCAUUUUUAUCCUCGGUGUGCUCGGAAACACACUGGUCAUCACGGUGCUCGCGCGCAGCAAACCGGGACAACCGAGGAGCACCACCAACAUCUUCAUCCUAAACCUGAGCGUGGCGGACCUGUCCUACCUCCUCUUCUGCGUGCCCUUCCAGUCCACCAUCUACAUGCUGCCUACGUGGGUGCUGGGCGCAUUCAUCUGCAAGUUCAUCCACUACUUCUUCACCGUGUCCAUGCUGGUCAGUAUCUUCACUCUGUCCGCGAUGUCCGUGGACAGGUACGUGGCCAUCGUGCACGCCAGAAAGUCCUCCACGAUCCGAGUGAGGAGGCACGCGCUGCUCGGUGUAAUCCUGAUCUGGAUCCUGUCUCUGGUGAUGGCAGCCCCCGUUGCGCACUACCAGAGCAUCGUGGAGAGGGAAGACAACAACACUUUCUGCUGGGAGGUUUGGCCGGAUCAGCAGAGGAAAGUCUACGUGAUGUGCACCUUUGUGUUUGGAUAUCUGCUGCCCCUCUGUUUGAUCUCAGUCUGCUAUGCAAAGGUUUUAAAACAUCUGCACAAAAAGCUGAAGAAUGUCUCCAAAAAGUCCGAGCUCUCCAAAAAGAAGACAGCUCAGACAGUCCUGGUGGUGGUCGUGGUCUUCUGCCUGUCCUGGCUGCCUCACCACAUUGUCCACCUGUGGGUGGAGUUUGGUUCUUUCCCUCUGAACCAGGCGUCCUUCGUGUUCAGGAUGGUGGCUCACUGCCUCGCCUACAGCAACUCCUCCGUCAACCCCGUCAUCUACGCCUUCCUGUCCGAGAACUUCAGGAAUUCAUACAAGCAGGUUUUUUGGUGUCAGAUGCCGAGUAAGUGUCCAGUGAACGACACCAGAGACCUCCGCGGCAGGGUGGAGGUGGCACCGUCCACAAACAUCAGUGGGAACUGUAAAGGUCACGACUCUCAGAUCACAAAGAUGAUCUGAUGUCAGUGCUGAUGGUCAGGGGAUCAGUGAUUAAAGUCUGCCUCUAACCACUGGGACACAGGUCUAAGAAACUUGGUUGCCAUAUGUUUAGACACAACAUUUAAAACAUUGUGAAUGGGAUAUACUUCUCGACUUGUAAAGCACUCAAAUGGGCAACAAACUCUUCAACAAGGCGGAAGGUUUACAGUGGGUCUAUUUGAUGAUAAAAUGGAUGUAAAGCUAGGUUUAUAUUCACAAAUAUGUGUCACAAUAUCCAAAACCAAGUGCAUUUGGACUAGUCACAAAGAAAUAACAAUAUCAUGAGCAUGAUCUCUUUACACUCCAUUAACAUGCAGGCAAUAUGCUGAAUUUAGGUGCUUAAAUAUGGGGAAAUAAACCAAAGUACAAUGGGAAUGAAGAAACAAGCUUAUGCACAACCUGGUCAAUGUCAUGAAACCAUCAAUAUUUGGCGAUAUUUAGGCAGCAAUUUCACAUUCAUCUGGGAAAGCUCCCAUACAAAGCGUGUGGACUUUUCAAAAACUUCUAGGGAGGUGAUUGGACAAAUGUUCUAUCACAGUUAUAACAGGCCAAUCAGAGCAUUAAGACAAAGUGAGGUAGUAGAUAUGUGCAGGUUCAGUGCUAACCUGAGCUUUAGGUUAGGUAUUAUGUAGUGUUUGAUCAGCAGAGCUUGUCGUUGGCUAAAAUGCAUACCGCUUUGCUCUUUAUUUAAUAAAAUAAUGGGGUUCAGUUCUGACUAAACUGUUGCUAUACAAUCACUACAUCCCAGCUAACUGCUACACUGGCAGCAGCCAUUGCUAUCAGCUCACAGUACAACAAAACCCUGCCCUAGCUGCCAAUUUGUUCUCCUUAAAUGAUGCUGAGUGGUCUGAACAAAGAAAAGGUAGAUUGGAGAUUUGCAAGAUGGAUUUGCCUGAUGGCAGACAUAGAUUCUGGCAAAUCCUUCUGCUUUCCAAGGUUGUGAGCAGGGGCGUAGCGAGGGAUUUUGGGCCCCAGAAAGAAUAUUACACAGGGCCCCCCCUUAACCAGCUAGCCAAGCAGCAGAUGUUGUGUCAUUAUUUACAUAAUUUCCCCAUUUAUGAGCAAUAAUUUUAUAAUGUUUACAUAAACCCAACUUAAUUCAUAAUUACGAGAUAAAAAAAUAAAAUAAUGAGAUUAAAAAACUAUAAUUAUGAAAGAUAAAGAAAUCGUAAUUAUGAAAUAACAAAGUCAAAAUUCUGAGUUUAUAAAAAUCAUAAUUAUGAGAUAAAAAGUCAAAAUUAUGAGAUAAAAAGUUGAAAUUAUGAGUUUAAAGAAAUCGUAAUUAUGAAAUAACAGGAAGAACUAUGAGAUAAAAAGUCAAAAUUAUGAGAUUAAAAAAAGUCAAAUUAUGAUGAAUUAUGACUUCAUCAUCUCAUAAAUUCGACUUUUUAUCUCUUAAUUAUGACUUAGGAGUCUUUUUUUAAAUUGCCUAACUCCCACAUUUUUCACAUUUUUUAAGUGGCAGAAAUGGACUACCAUACUCUUGGCUUGUGCACUCAGUAAAAUCUGUGAACAUCUCAAAGAAAAUCAAAGAAUUGUAAUUUUUUUCUCUUGUUGAAUAUUAGAUCAUGUAAUUUGGAUUAGAACUAAUUAAACCAACACCAAUCUCAUUUCUGUUUUCCUAACAAGGAAACAUAACUAAAGCUGGUUUCUGCAGCUCUGAAUCUCAACCUACCUAUGGUGUCAUGUCUCUUUAAACCUAUCAAGAGAAAUUAAAGCUGCACAUGCCCCAUAUUAUUUAAUGAUACUGUUCAUUUGUCAGGCAGGAAGUUACUGAACCCAUAUUUUAAAAUCAAUGCAUCAUUUCUUUAAAGUCACACCAAACAGGACAGUUUCAUCCCAAUAAACUAUUAAAACAGGAAAGAAGCAUUAACCAGUGCCCUCUUGUGGACAUUUAAUGUAACAGCCAAUCUUUGAAUUUCAGUACUAAAAUGCAUUCCUUUGGCCAGAAAAAGAACUUAAAAUAAGCUUAUGUCCCCUAAUUGGUGCUAUCUGCAGGAUCUUUGCAUGCAUCUAUACUGCUGUACGGAAAAAUAGGUUACCUGGUCUUCUGUGAACUGGACUUUCCUGCAUUCAAUACACUAUCCACUAAUCUUUCUGCAAUGAUACAAAAGCACACACUGCUGCCUUUAAUAGCUCUGAACAAGUGACAUGUAAUCACAGGACAAGGAAUCACUAAACAUGGAUGCUAUUUCUGUGUCACUUGAAUGGUUUCCUUUGUAUUGUGAAACAUCUAUGAUGUGCUGUAACUGAUUACUUUAAUCUGCCAGAAAUAUCUGCUAAGCUGAUUUCAGUCAGGCUCUAGUUCUGUUUGAAACUCAGUUACUGUCGUGAGGUGAGUUAAAAUGCCAUUUUCGGAAGCACAGCUUGACAAAUAAACCAAUAAACUGAGCUCUUGGUGUAAAACAUUUUGAGCAAACAGUGGAGGGUAAAAUCACAUUUUAGAGAGCUAAAUGGUCUCCCUGCAGUUAUUCAGUCUCUCCCCACAGAUUUUUCAAUAAACCUCUGAAAUCUGGGACAAAAAAUGAGAAGCUACAACCUACUUAAAGUAGGUCAUGAGUAAAAAUUAAGUUAAGCUCCCAGAGAUGUAUUUAAUCUGUGCUAUUGUGCCUGUGCAAUCAGGUGCCAACUGCUGGAUUACAAAACACUCCCUUCAGUUUCAAGCAUUAUAUUGUAAGGCUCUAUUUUAUGAUGGUAAAACACAAAGUAGGCUGAGUUUUCUGAUAAAGCAGAGAACAGGCUGUUCUCUGAUUGUCACUAUGCAAAUUUGCUGGCUUUGAUUGCAAAAAUCAAGAACAUGAGAAUCAAUACCACUACAGCUUUUGCAUUUUGCUGCAGACAGCCUCAAAGACAGGAGGCAAAGAAUAAAUAUGAUAUAAACAUAAAAGUCUUGAAAAGGGAUAAAUGUUGAGGAUAUUGAUGGACAGAGAAAGCACAGAAGGGGGUCAAGAGGAAGAGCUGGGGUGGUUUAUAUGACCCUGAUCUUGUGCCUCCAAAAUGAGUCCAGCUUAUCGCUGAGUCAGAGUUGAUAUUUGUGCAAAGUUGGGAAAAAAAUCCAUUAAAGCAUUAUUGUGAUAUUGUAUUCACAAGCAAGGGAUGAACAUGAGGCCCAUUACUUUGGUUUGGGCCUUUUACAGAGUCAAAGUGGAUAUUUGUGCAAAGUUUGAAGAAAAGUCCUGAAAGCAGGCUUGAGAUAUUAUGUUCACAAUCUCUGAGAGCAUUCUUCAGAUAUUACCUUAUCAAACAAGGAAUAGACAUGAGGCCCAACAACCUUAAAUUUUGACCUCUGACAAACAAAAUCUAACUAGUUAAUCCUGGGUCAGAAAGGAAAUUUCUAAAAAAUGUGAAGAAAAUCCCCAGAAGCAUUCCUGAGAUAUUGUCUUUACAACAGGGGAUGAACAUGAGGCCCAUGACCUUGGUCUUUGCCCUGCAAAGUCUAACCUGUCCAUCUUUGAGUCAGAGUGGAUGUUUGUGCAAAUUAUGAGUAAAAAUUCAUAGAGAUAUUAUGUUUACAGUCCCUGAAAAAAAAAAACUUUAAAUAUUACAUUUACAAACAAGGAUGAACAUGAGGCCCAUGACCUUGGUCUUUGACCUCAUAAAUCUUACCUGUCUAUCCUUGAGUCAGCACCGAUAUUCAAAGUGCAAAGUUUGGGAAAAAAAAAACCUGAAAGCAUUCUCGUGAUAUCACAUUUAUAAAUAAGGGCUGAACAUGCCCCCAUAGAUCUUGAUUUUUGACCUCUGAAAUUUUUGUCCAUGAGUCAGAGUGGAUGUUUUUGCAAGUUUGAAAAAAUUCCUCCAAGCAUUCAUGAGAUAUCAUGUUUACAAACAAGGCGUGAACAUGAGGCCCAACUACUUGGACUUUCAACCUCUGACCUACUAAAUCUACUCAGGUUAUCCUUGACUCAGAGGGACAACAUUGUUGGAGAAACAUAUUGAUGAGAUAUCGUGUUCACAGGAAAGGGAUGAACAUGAGGCCCAAUAACCUUUAACCUAUUACCUCUAAAAUGUAAUAAAUUCAUCCUUGAUUCAGAGUUGACAUUAGUACAAAAGCUUUCUUGUACUUUUACAUUCACAAUCAAGGUAUGAACAUGAGGCCCAAACACCCCUGUAUUUGUCCUGUAAUGCCUGUAAACUUUAAGUCAGAGGAGACAUUCGUGCAAUGUUUGAGGGAAAUUUCUAAAAGCAUUGCUAAUGGACUGACAACACGAAAAAAUUAAGGCCUACCACCAUGACUGUUGCUGGCACCAAGGUUUGAAAACUCAGUGCCAGGAGUCGUGCAGUUCUUGUCCUGUUUGUCUUUAAUAUAACGUUCACAUGUGCAACUCAAACCUACAAUGAACUCCGACAUCUGCUGGCGAGAAUCUAGAAUUUUCUGUCUGCUCUCUAACAGGAAAUGAUGAUUUCAACUGGUUUCACUUCUACAUGAAAAACUGCAAACAUUCCCUUCAAAAUAAUUGUACAAAAUGUGUGUAAAUAAAUGUCUGUAAAUAUGUCUUACAAAAAAGAAAUGAUUAAAUGAUACUACACACAAAUCAUGACUGCACUUCUUCAUACAUGUUCCUCAGCUGUCACACAUGAUUGAUACUGUUCUCCUGUAAUCAGUUUACCAAGCAGAUCAGAGCUGGUGAUGUUUUUGAUCAGAUAACUUCCUUUUCUUCCCCAGGGUAGAUUUUAAAUAAGAUACUUUUUUUUUUUUUUUUUUUUUUUUACAUAUCAUACAUAUGAUACUGCCUGUCCCUCUCUGCAGUCAUCCCUACAUGGAAUAAAAUUGAUUUUCAUUCAUUUCUCAUGGCAUCUGGAAAGAGAGAGAGAGCGUUUUUUGA